CCUUGAUUCUGGAGUAAACAGAAUUCGCCAAGUCCCCAACUCGGACGAGAAUGAGUUGGGGUGGGGGGGGAACUCGGGUGAAACAGACCCUCCCAAAACCGUAGCCCAAGCCCUGGAGUGAUCCCCUCUUUCUCACGCCCUUGUCUCAGGGCAAAGUUAGACCGCGUGUCAGGUGGCUGGUUCAGGUUUGGCGAGCUGACCCGUGGGACAGAUCGACCUAACGGCCACUGCGCGACCAUUGACGCCAGAACCUCUGAAGGAGUCGCCAGGUGGCACUAUCGAGGUCGCUCGCUACUCACUGCGUGCCGUGCCGUGGUGGGCUCGAACGACGGCCGGAAGCCUUGUUUGCAAGCUCGAGGAUCGCGAGAGUACUGCUGCCGUCAACGCGGCGUCGAUAGCCAAGCUCGUGCCACCAGUUAGUCGUUGCGCGUUGGCUGCUCGGAACCACCGCUCAAGGGUUUGCUGCUGUGGCGCUCGUGCCAAUCUGCUUACCGUAGGAGCAGGAGAGCACUUGGAGUGGAGGCGAGGAGGGCGGCGCCAUGGCCCGAGCUGAUUCGUUUCCGCUCGCGCACCUCGCGAGUCCGCUCAUUACACUCCUCCCGGUUUCGCCCGCCACCCACGCCGUUCCUUUCGCCUCCGCGCUUUCUGCAGCCGCGCUUUCCGCCGACAUCUCCCGCCGACGCUCCGCGCAAGUUACCUGCUCCGCCUCUCCCUUCCCCCUCUCCCCCUCCCCGGACUCCUUCGAUCCUCUCCGCGGCAGCGGUCUCGCCGAUGGCUCGGGGGAGCGCGGGACGAGGGGACGACAGGGGCAGUCGCGGCAGCAGCGGCAGCAGCAGCGACAGCAGCAGCGGCAGCAGGAGCGGCAGCAGCGGAAGCAGGCGGAGUGGCAGGAAAGGUCCGAGAGGGUGCGCGAGAGAACGGUUCCGCUGAGUCGCCGGCCGGAUUACAGCGACGCGCUGCGCUCGCUGCAGGCGGACGAGUCCGAUCCGCCGGAAUUCAGUCUCCUCACGGCUUCCGACGGACGGGGGGAAGCAGACGGCGCCGGGCUGAGGCCCGGCGGGAAGAGCAGUAGCGAGAAUGGACGCAGGGGUGGCAGAAGGGACAGCAGCGCGAGGGAGGGAUACGACGGGGGAGUGUACCGGGAGGGCGCGGAUCCCCUCCCCUCGCUGUCGUCCGUUAUGGCCGCCGCCGCCGCCAUGCCCGCGCAGCGCCAGCGGCAGCGCGCGUCCCGUGCCUCACCGGCGCAGGCGGAAGUGUGGGUGCAGCAGCGCGUGGUGGAGCGCGUGGCGGAGGACGUGGAGGCGGAGAUUGCGCGCGCGUUGGCUGAGCGGCGCACGGACGACGCGGUGAGGAUGCUGUGGCGGGAGCGGCAGGGGGGGCGGUGGGCGGGCAGCCGCUGCUGGAGCCGCGCGGUGGCGCAACUGAGCCUCCGCGGGCAGUGGCGCAAGGCGAAGCGGCUGAUCGACGAGGUGUACCGCGCGCAGGCUGGCGGACAGAUUAGCAAAGGGGCCGCAGGGUGGCGGGCGGGCGGACGGGCGGACGGAGAGGCGCAGAUAGGGCGGGGGGAGGCGUGGGAGGCGCAGUGGUGGGAGGAGAGAGCGGCGGGGGGCAGGAGUGCGAGUGGCGGAGCGGGAGAGGGGGCGCUGUUCCGGGAGGUGCAGGUGGACGAGGACGCGCUCGGGCUGGCGGUCAUGGCAGCGGCGCGCAGCGACUGUGCUGCUGACGCAGCCGAUCUGUUAGCGCUGAUGCUCCGCGAGGGCCACGCGCCGCGCGUGGCGGUGUGGAGCGCCGUAGUCAGCCGCAUGGGGCGGGAUCCCGGGCUGGCGGCCGGCGCCGUGAGGCUGUUCCAGCGCUGCUGCGACCUGGCUGCUGCCCAGGGCGCCUCUCACAUGCGGCCUGACACAGCGGCUUUCAAUGCCGCCAUCAAUGCAACAGUGACAGCUGGCGACCUCUCAUUGGCGGAGCGGCUGCUGGCGGAUGGCAUGGCUCGGGCUGGAGUGACCCCCGACGCCAUCAGCUUCAACAUCCUCAUCAAGGGGCGCGCGGCACACGGCAUGCCCGAGAGGGCGAACGAGCUGCUGCAACACAUGAUGGUGCAGGGCGUGCAGCCGGACGCAGCGUCCUUCAACUCGGUGGUGGCGGGGUACGUGGCGUGCGGCAGGAUGGGCGAGGCACAGGCGGUGGUCAGGGCCUUGUGGGGGGCGCAGGGGGAGCAGGGGGAGCAGGGGGAGCAGGGGGAGCAGGGGGAGCAGGGGGAGCAGGGGGAGCAGGGGGAGCAGGGGGAGCAGGGGGAGCAGGGGGAGCAGGGGGAGCAGGGGGAGCAGGGGGAGCAGGGGGCAGAGGGUGAUGGAGGAAAGGAGGGGAGAGGUGCGGGGGAGUGGAAGCUUCAGAUGCGUGUUGGGCCAAAUGUGCGCAUGCUAUCGAUUCUUAUCAAGGGCUUGGUUGCCGCCGGCGACUUAACUGCUGCAUUUGAGUGGUUUGAGCGCAUGAAGCAGCGGGUCGACACAGCACCCAACCACGUCACAUACGCCACGCUCAUGCACGGCCUCGUCUCCUCCCCGCCUCACCUCAUCCCCGCGCCCGUGCUUGCACGCGCUGCUGCUGCCCACGCUGCAGCGCCCGCCACUGCUGCCUGUGCUGCCGCCCCAGCAGCCUCUCCCGCUCGCCUCCCUGCCAGCAGCGCCAAGCCACAAGGUCCGCCUCAAGCCGCCGCCCUGGCAACCACCGGCACGCCUCCUCCUCUUGCUGCCUCUUCUUCCUCACCCGCCCUGGCCUCUGGAGCGCGCCUGGCAGCUCUGAGAAAGCCAGUGGCUGCAUCGGCUGGCGCUACACUGGCAGGCAGUGGCAGUGUCAGCAGUGGCAGUGGCAGCGGCAGCAGUGGCAGUAGCAGCAUGGAUCUUGGUGGGAGGAAGGCAGCCCGUGCAGGUGACCCCCUUGAGCGGCAACGCUGGGGAGCUGAGCCUGGUAGUGUUGCGGCCGCGAGCAGCAGCUGCGGCGAGCCUCACAGUGGUGUCACUCCUCACAGUGAUUUGACUUCCUUGGGUGCGGUAGGUGGGAGCAGUGACAGGCGGACUGGUGGCAGCAGCAACAGCAGCAGCAGUGGCAGUGCGGUGGUGAGGGCAGGCGUUGAUGACGUGGCAGUGAGGGGAGAGGCGGAGGACCUGGCGCUGGUGGCGGCGUGGCAGCUGCUGGAGGAGAUGCGCGAGCGCGGCGUGCCGGCCAACGCGGCGGUGCUGAACGUGCUGGUGAAGGCGCUGUGCGCGCGCGGGCAGAUGGACGCAGUGGAGAGGCUGCUGAGAGACAUGUGGCGUGGUAAGGGCGCGGGUAGGAGUGAGGGGAGGAGAGCAGUGCAGAAUGGAGUAGGGCGAAGGAGCAGGGGAUUGAGUGAUGGUGAGGCGGCAGUUGCAGGGGAGGGCGAGGCGACAUGUGGCAGCAUGGCAGCAGUGGGAAGUGGCAGCAUGGUGGAGUGGCAGCACUUAAAUGUGCCAUCCCCUGCACCCACUGCUGCUGGCGAGGCUGCUGGCGAGGCUGCUGUUGCGCCCGGGGAUUCAAUCCCACCCGAAGCACCCACGUGGGAGGUGAGGCCCAACGCCGCAACCUUCGCCACCAUCAUGGCUGCGUGUGGGAGGGCGGGCACAUGGAGCAACUCCCACCCCCGCCCACACUGGACUGCCCAGGCUCAUGCAGUCACUGCCUCUGCUGGUGCCACUGCUGGUGCUCUCACCCAGGCUGAUUCUUCUGCUGCUAACACUAUUGUGCGCUGGGCAGCAAGCGGCGGCGCUGAUGGCAUCACGAGCAGCAGCGGUGGGGGCGACAGCAGCUGCCUCACCAACGGAAGCAGCGGUGGCUCAGAGCAGAGUGGCGGCAGGGCAAGCAGCAGCAGUCGUGCAUGGGGCGGAGCGGAGGCGGCGCUGCAGUGGUUUGCGCGCAUGCAGAGGGAGGGCGUGGCGCCGUCCGUGCAGGUGUACACAGCGCUCAUCUCCGCCCUCGGCCGCGCCCCUGAUGCCGACCCCGCCCGCGCCCUCGCGGUCUUUGAGGACCUGCUGAUCGACGCAGGUGGUGGUGGGGGUGGUUUGGGAGGCAGAGGAGGUGGUGGCAGAGGGGGGGGGAGAGGGGGCGUGGGAGGGGGGGCAGGUGGGGUGGUGGAAGGUGGUGGGGAGUUGCGGGUGGAUGCAGCAGCGUGGGGAGCGGUGAUUGACGCUCAGGCGAGAGCGGGGUUGGUGGACCAGGCAUGGAGUCUGUACCAGCGAGCCAAGGCAGCGUCCAUCGCCCCCACCCCGGCCACCUAUGGGACUCUGGUUCGAACGCUGGCAGCAGCAGAGAGGGCUGGGGAAGCACUGGUGCUGUGGCGCGAUGUGAAGGAGCGACUCACGGGGGCGGAGGGCAGGGAGGGCAGGGAGGGACUGAUGGGGCGGGCUGGCAGGGAGGGGAGGUUGGUGGGGCAGGCCGGAGUGGGAGGGAGAGGGGGUGAUGGAGAGAGUGACGGGGAGGAGGAAGGAGGGCCGGGGGAGAGUGAUGGGGAGGAGGGGAGAGUGCUGGAGGCUGCCGAAGUGGGCGGAGAGAGGGAGUGGGUGAGGAGUGGGCGGCAGCAGGCAGGUGGCGUGGGGACUGCGAGAGGGAGAGAAAGAGGGGUGAUGAGGGCAGCAGGGAGAGCAGCAGGAGGGGCAGGAGGAGCAGGGCUGUGCGUGGAUGAAGACGUGAUGGAUGGGCUCAUGGUCAUCUUCAUGCACGCAGGGUAUUUCCAGCGGGCGCUGGAGGUGGUGGAGGCGAUGGAGGGCGCGGGGCUGGCGCCCGACCGCCUCAGGUACAAGCGCAUGCUCAUCCGCUCGCUCUCCACGCGCCGCCAGCGCGCGCUCUCCGCGCUCUCCAGCAACAGCAGCGCCACUGAGGAGUUCCCGGGGCCGCGCGGUGUUGAGGCUCUCAAGUUCUGGCUGGGGCUGCCCAACAAGCUGUACGAGACGGACUGGAGCUGGCGGGAUUAAUAUGGUACCCUGCCUGUGCGGCUGCCAUUCCACCUAUUUAUGGCGUGCCUACUCUGCCAGUCAUCCAACCAUAGCUUGUUCCAGCUGAGAAGGAUCCUACCCAUAGCUACUGGUACCACUAGUGUAGGUGUUGAAGUUACUCUCUUACUGACUUGCCACGAGUACUGCCGUACCGUAUUCCCCCGCAGUACCGUAUUCCCCCGCAGUAACACCCGCCGAAAUAGUCACUCCAUGGGUGGCAUAUGCGGAGCAUAGCUUAUGAUAUGGUACAUUUUUUGGAGCACCCUUUUUUUAGACCUUGCAUUGUACAUAACACCUUCCGUCAUUUUUUCACGGCA